UUACUCUUACUGAAUGGCAAUCAAUCGGUGAUGGCGUGACAUAUGUUUUCAAGAAAUCGUUUUCGUGAUAUUUAUUUAUAUUUUUAAAAGCCUUAUCUAUUUGCUAAAGUCUCUGAACUGCGGAGAUUUCUUCGUCGAAAAAUAUUCAAAAUGAUUGUUGAGUAGGAACUCAAAAUACUUCAUACAGUUCAAGCAAAUUUAGGUGCAUUUUCAUUUAAAAAGGACUAGUGCUGUCUGUAGCAUGUCAUUUUCAUGUGGCAUUCACAUAGUUAGGAGAGGAGCUGUGUCUCAUUUCACAAAAAGAUAUGUUGCAAAGCUUCUUGGCAAUUCAGAAUCAAAAACAAAAAUAGAUUUUAAAGUAUUUCGUUAUGUAUCAUAUUCUCAAGUAAUGUGCCAAGGUGGCAAUCCACCAGGAGAUGGAGGGGAUUCUGGUAUGAGGAAUCGUAGUGGUGAUGGGAAGAAGUCUUCCAAAGGGAAUGAUGGUAAUGGACGUGAUGGACAACUUCGUUGUCCUAAAUGUGGAACAGCCUGUAGUCAUGUUGAAACUUUCGUUACAUCCAGUAGGUUUGUGAAGUGUGACAAUUGUCAGCAUUUUUUCAUAAUUCUAUCUGAUGCUGAUUCGAAAAAAACCGUGAAAGAAAGUCGUUAUCAGACCUCUGGAGAAAGGAUAAAUAUUCAGAGGAGGCCUCCACCUCCCCCAAAAAAGAUAUUUGAAUAUUUAAACAAACAUGUUGUUGGACAAGAUUAUGCAAAAAAAGUCCUUUCUGUUGCUGUAUAUAAUCAUUAUAAAAGGAUUUACAACAAUAUGCCUCACACAAGCUCUGUUACUCGACAAGAAAGUGCAAUGGCUGAUAAUCAAGCUCAGGGCUUUACACCAAGAGAUCUUCUUCAUAUAUCCGGUAUAUCCCAUAGCAAUGCUCUUGGAGUUAGUUUUCAACAACAAGUUAAUCAAGAUAGUGACACUAAAAGUAAUCGAGGAUCUGACAUAUUAGAUGCAGCUACUCAUGAUUUAAGGCUAGAAAAAAGUAAUAUAUUAUUGUUAGGGCCAACAGGAUCUGGAAAAACGUUGCUUGCUCAAACAAUUGCUCGCUGUUUGGAUGUUCCUUUUGCCAUUUGUGAUUGCACAACUUUAACUCAAGCAGGCUAUGUUGGUGAAGACAUUGAAUCUGUGAUAGCAAAACUUCUCCAAGAUGCUAAUUAUAAUAUUGAUAAAGCUCAGCAGGGUAUCGUUUUUCUUGAUGAAGUUGACAAAAUUGGUGCUGUACCUGGGAUUCAUCAGUUACGUGAUGUUGGUGGAGAAGGUGUUCAGCAGGGAAUGUUAAAAAUGCUUGAAGGAACUUUAGUCAGUGUUCCAGAAAGGAAUUCAAGAAAAUUACGUGGUGAAACGGUUGUCGUAGAUACCACAAACAUACUAUUUGUUGCAUCAGGAGCUUUCAAUGGUCUUGAUAGAAUUGUUAGUCGAAGAAAAAAUGAAAAGUAUCUGGGAUUUGGUGCACCUGUGUCAGAAUCACCUGGCAGAAGAGCUGCUUCUGCAGCAGAUAUUGCAAAUUUCACUACCACUACUACUGCUGCAGAUGAUAAUGCAGAAAAAGAUGCUCUGCUACGCUGGGUGGAAUCAAGAGACUUGAUUGAAUUUGGAAUGAUCCCAGAAUUUGUGGGAAGAUUUCCUGUUGUUGUGCCCCUCCAUAGCUUGGAUGAAAAAAUGUUAGUUCAAAUUUUAACAGAGCCAAAAAAUGCACUAGUUCCUCAGUUCAAAAUGCUAUUUACAAUGGAUAAGGUUGAGCUUGCUUUCACUGAAGACGCUUUGAAAACAAUUGCUCACUCAGCUAUGGAAAGAAAGACUGGAGCUCGUGGUCUUAGGGCUAUAAUGGAAAAUAUUUUAUUAGAAGCAAUGUUUGAAAUUCCUGGCUCUGACAUAAUUACAGUUCGUGUUACACGUGAUGUAGUUUUAGGACAGUGCUCUCCAUUAUAUGUUCGAGGACUAAAGCCAGAAAAGAAAGAAGAUUAUGAAACUGAAAAUAUCAGAGAUCAAGAAAGAGCUGUCAAUACAUGAAAAACUUUUACGAAGUUUUAAAAUAAUGAAACUGAGCAACUUUUUUAAAAAAUAUUUCUUGUAUCAAAAUCUAGCCAAUA